AUGUCUGCUUACAUACCGGAGGGAUACUCUUGGAGUGACAAUAUAAUUCAAUCGGUGAAUUGGAUUAUCUCGUGUUUCUCGGCUAUUUGGAAUGGUUGCUGGCUUUAUGUGAUUAAUCCAUUGCUCUCUUGGGUCACAGGCAAGACCUUAGCGGUUCGUAUUCUGUGUGCUGGAGAGCAUACUCCGAAGAUGACAGACAAGAUACUAGAUUGCAUUAUGCACGAAGAUCGAUUUGCAGGGACCCGCAAGACACUUCGUCAACACGAAAUUUUCAAUAUUAAUGAUACUACAAAGUCAUUUAUGUUGGAAGCGGAAGUGAAUCGCGAUGCUUCUUAUUUUAACGAAUCAUUCAAGAAUAACGUGGAUAAAUGUUUUCACCAGUUAAUGGGAACCAACGUGGCUCUUAAAAUCACGGAUACAUUAAAGAAUGAAAAAUACGAUCGACAGAAUCCUGAUCAUGAAGCUCUUUUAAUGGAUUUGUGGUCUUUAUUGCGUCCGAAUAUUCCAUUGAAAGCGCGUGACUCGGAUCAAUGGAGCGAAAUCGGCUUUCAAGGGCGGGAUCCAGCCACAGAUUUCCGUGGAUUGGGCGUGUUAAGUCUCAGCAAUUUGGUUUAUUACGCUCGACACCAUGCAAGCGACGCCCUGAAUUGCCUUCGACAGAAUGACGUAACGCGGGGCGGAUAUCCGAUGGCAAUCACGGGAAUCCAAUUAUCAUCGUAUGCAGCGUCGAAUGAAUGCAAACGCUUGGUCGAUCGCGAGUUUUAUUCUGUGGAUGUGGAGGGAACGAAGAUGAGUCUGGAAGAAAGAGCGCUGUACUUCUAUCAGGAGUUGUUUUCUCGGGUUUUUACGAGUUUUGAUGCGUUUUAUGAGAUGAAGAAGCCGGAGAACUUGCUUCAAUUCCCUAUCAUUUUGAAGGAAUUCGAGCAAAAGACGAUGAGGGAGAUCCGUGAAGGUGUAUUCUAA